AUCACUCUCAUCGAUGACCGGGAAAACGAAUGACUCGGAUGCGGAGAAAAGAAAACCAGCCAUUUACCUCUCGGCUUGGAUUUGCAGCUGCUGCCCUUUUUCUCCACAGCCCCACACGCCGUCAGCAGCCCGAGAAAGAAACGCCCGGAAAGUAUGAGAAACAAAUGAUGCUUUCACCUCUUAGUCGGAUCCGGACUGAAUAUCUUCCCUCCCCAUAUGUGGGCUUCUCACAGGGGUCACCUGUAUCGUGGAUAUCUCCAGAGAAUGGUGUUUUACUUUUGCAGGCGGUGAGGACGUGUCCUCUGCGUGUGUGGCGGCCAAGGACACGAGGGGCCCCACAGGACGUUGGGGAGCCCGAGUGGGCCCGGUGCAGCAGAGGCCCCGUCCCGUUUCCCUCCACGCUAAAAGCGUGGCAGCUCAUGUGGUGGGAGAUCCACGGAACAAGAGUCAUUUUUUUUACUCUUGGUUUUUCAUACAGAUUAAUCAAACAAGACGCAGCGUGUGCUGGUAUGAGGGGAUUUUGUUUCCAGUUUGUGCUAAGCUAAGCGAUUCUAAAUAUAUAAUAAAUCUUUUCAUCGAACUCUUGACGAGACAGCGAAGAAACCUUUUAUUCAAAAUGUUGACCUAUUCCUUUAAGACACAACUUAUGUCGAUACACUUUUUUUUCUUUUUUUAGCGAUAUUAAUUUGUUUUUUUGUGAACGUGUGUGUUUGGGUGAUUUGCUGGUCCCUCUUAAAGAGAGUGUGUGUGUUUUAAUGUUUUGACUCUCGCUGCUCCCUCAGACUGUCACGCACCGGCGGUCCGGCUCGCACGGCUCAGUAACUGCUUUGAGAGGCUGAUGGGGAGAUAAAAAAGGAGCUGUGGCCUCCGUACGUGGCUCCACGUUACUGUACGGACUGAAGUCAGUGCGCGUGACAAAAAGGUCAGCGAGCACAGAGAGCCCUUGUUGAGUUUGUCCUCCCCGGAUAUCCGAUUGCCCGUUUCACUUAGCCACGACAUCGCCUUCAGGGGGCUUGAGUUGGACUCGACAGACAUUGAGUCAGACUGACCCACGUGGAAGUCAACGUCCCAUAUUGGGACAUGGUUUACUCCCAUGAAUAAAAGUAAAGCUGAAAGUGAACACGAGGCGUGUAUGCAAAUCCCCUUGGACUUUGAUUGUUUUCUUUGCAAGUACUUUUAUAAGUGGCUUUGACGCUGCUGGUGUGGCUUCUUUUUUUUCUGGGACAGAGAAGGAAAAGUACACGAGUUUCCAGUUUCCUCUUCAUCUUAACACACAGGGCUGUGCAGUAAAGCUCUGCUGCUCAACAGAGUCACAGACCGGGACGCGUCUUCGUCACGUUGGCUUUGGCUCGUUGAAGUGGAGACCUGAAGCAAAUCAAGACAUUUUUGCUCCCCUUUGCAACGAGGAAUCGGAGUGUCCGGAAAGGUCCCAGGAGGUUCAAUACCUGAGGACCUGUCUGUGGAGGAAAGAGAUGAGCUGUCGAAUAUACGGCGCAGGAAAAAGGAGCUUCUGGAUGAUAUUGAACGGCUGAAGUUUGAGAUCGCAGAGGUGAUGACUGAGAUUGAGCAGCUGACCUGCGUAGGGGAGAGCAAAACCACGCAAAGGAACAAACAGAUCGCCAUGGGCAGGAAGAAGUUCAACAUGGACCCUAAAAAGGGGAUCCAGUUUCUUCUGGAGAACGAUCUUCUCCAGCACACCCCAGAGGACAUCUCACAGUUCCUCUACAAAGGCGAAGGGCUCAACAAAACAGCCAUAGGGGACUACUUAGGGGAACGGGAUGACUUCAACAUCAAGGUCCUUCAGGCGUUUGUGGAGCUUCAUGAGUUUGCAGACCUCAACCUCGUACAAGCCUUAAGGCAGUUUCUGUGGAGCUUCAGACUACCUGGCGAAGCCCAGAAGAUCGAUCGUAUGAUGGAGGCGUUCGCCUCCAGGUACUGUCAAUGCAACCCUGGCGUCUUCCAGUCCACAGACACCUGCUAUGUCCUAUCAUUCGCCAUUAUCAUGCUGAACACAAGCCUGCACAAUCCCAACGUCAGAGACAAGCCCCCCGUCGAGCGCUUCAUCUCCAUGAACAGAGGGAUCAAUGAGGGAGGAGACCUCCCGGAGGACCUACUCAGGAAUCUAUACGACAGCAUCAAGAGCGAACCCUUUAAGAUCCCCGAGGAUGACGGGAAUGACCUGACGCAUACGUUCUUCAACCCGGACAGAGAGGGCUGGCUGCUUAAACUAGGCGGCCGAGUGAAAACCUGGAAAAGAAGGUGGUUCAUCCUGACUGACAACUGCCUCUACUACUUUGAAUACACAACAGACAAGGAGCCUCGUGGGAUCAUCCCACUGGAGAAUCUCAGCAUCAGGGAGGUGGAGGAACCGAGGAAACCUAACUGCUUUGAGCUCUAUAAUCCCAAUCACAAGGGCCAGGUGAUUAAAGCCUGCAAGACGGAGGCAGAUGGGCGCGUUGUCGAGGGCAACCAUGUGGUGUACAGGAUAUCGGCUCCCACGGCAGAAGAGAAAGAGGAGUGGAUUAAAUCCAUCAAGGCCAGCAUUAGCCGAGACCCCUUCUACGACAUGCUGGCCACCAGGAAGAGACGCAUCGCCAACAAGAAAUGAAGCGGGAGGGUCUUCUCGACCCCCGUCUUUCCCUCCAUCCGUUGAUGAACACACGACACAAACCACGCCCCCCGGAGAGAUGCCAAAACCCCAAUUACACAAACCUCAGUGUUUCUCCUGGACUCUCCACAAGUCAUGUGCCCUCGCUGGGGAGACAUCACACACCCCACUGAGGGGAUUGAUCCGCCGACUCUCUCACACACCAAACAACCAACCGGGCCGAUCUGUUUCUCCUCCAUCUCAUGCACACCCCCUACCUCUCCCUCUCAUGGUCAUUACAUGUUCCAGGUCUCCCUAAAGCACAACUGCCACGUUUCAGGUGCAAAUGCAUGUAUGUGGUUUAUUAUAGGCCAAUAUGUAUGUAUGUGUGUGUGUGUGUGUGUGUGUGUGCGUGUAUAUAUAUGCAGUGGUGUGCAUGCUAUCAGUGCACACAGUAUCUACAUUAUGGGUGCGGAAGCGAGCGCUCCGACCACUGUGCUUUAUGAAGACGUCCUAAUUCGAAGCCCGAGUGCAACGUGAGGAUGAGUGGGGACGUCUGGAGGCUGGAGUUGUGGGAAGAGGAGACAAGCGGACAUGUUUGGGAGGCGGCGAGUCGAUCUUGCGCAGCAUAAGCUCACCUGCGACGUGUCGCCGUCGUCUCACUCAGGUGCUGAAUUCUUCUGCCACGUGGCUGAAGCCGUCUCAGAGUAAGCUCAGAGAGCGGUGCUGGCUUACAUUUAGGUUCCUACAGACGUGUCACAGGCUUGAGUCAGCUGGGCUGAUUUCACUCAUUUGUGUGCAGCAGAGAAUUUUUGAAAAUGUGCAUACUUUUUUGUUUUAGUUGCUUAGAAAAGGAGCUUUUGCCGAGGUCUGAGAUAAUAUUUGCGUUUUGGACUUGGAGUCGCAAUCCGUAUGAGAAGUGAGCACAGGUUGAUUUGGUGACAUAACCUUGGUUUAAAGAAGGCAACAGCCAGUGAGGUUUAAUAAAAAAAAAAAAAAAAGUCAAUAAUUGUAACUGCAAUCUGAUUUACUGCUCAUGUUCUGAUCUCUUGUUCCAAAAUGUGAAAAGAAUCAGAGGCCAAUAACAAUGUGGCAGAUAUCCAUGUUAUACAAUUCAACACAGUAAUGCUGGAUCAGAUGCAUGCGUGUUUUCCUGUGAACCCCUGGGGCAUGUUGAUCCAGCUGCCAAUGAAAAGUAAUAUCUAAAAGCUGCUUCCAGAAUGUGGAAACAUAUAUUGGCGAUUGCAGAUUGAAUGCUGACCAGAAAGGAAGUCCGAAUGGGGUUUCUUAAGGACUUCAACCUGAAAAAGUCCACCACGCAGGCUUUAUCUACGGCGACGCACCGGCCCAAUGGGGUACCAGUCCAAUUAAGCUUUUUCUCCUCUUGUCUGUGGCCUAUAUGAGUGAAGGUCAAUGUGCUGUUGUGAUCCUGUUUGCAGUUGGUUCGUAAUCCUAAAGAAUUCCUGCUUGCUUUUGUGUUCCUCUUUAAAAAAAAAAAGCAUAUAAAUAAUAACCAACUAUAAUUUUUGUAUUUAUUUUAAUUUGUGAAAUGGUUUAAUACUAUCUGUAAAUGUUAAACAAUGUAUGCUUAAGUUAUGUAUGUGUGUGGAUAUAUAAUGUGUAGGUUUUUCUGGUUACUUUGUUGUUGUAUGCACACUCUGUGUAACAUGUCUGAGCCAACAGGCAGACUUUUGCUGAAGUUCGGGGUCUUCUUUCAAAAGCCUUAAACAUAAUCAUAAGAAAACAUGAAGAUGAUACUGGUCGAUAGCCGGGACGAUGCUCCUUAAAAAGCCAUGACUGACAAGUGAGAAAGAAGGUUGUAUUUAUGAUGAUGAUAAAGAUUCUAGUGAAAAUGAUGUUUGAUGUUAAUGAUGAUGAUGAUGCUAAUUCUAUCAAUGAGGAUGAUGUCAAAAAAACUAUAAACACCAGUAGUUUUCUAUGUGAUUGUAAAAUAAAAAUGAAAGCCUUGUGGUCAGGGCAGAAUAUUAUCUUCUACUGCCCCGCGUGGGCUCAUAGUUACAUUAACUUUUAUACUCUCUGUAAAAGCUAUCGGUCACGUUGUACAUUACGUGUAUCUACAUAAAAUAUACAUAAAGCUUA